AACUCUGAGUGGGUUGAGCUUAAUAUGUAUUUUCGUAACCAAAUCUUAUGUACCUCCAGAUAAUAAUGGGAUAUUGAGAAUGCAUAGAACGUUAAGUUAAUUCGAUCAUUUUCUUCUGUAAUCUGGUUCUAGUUUAUAGAAUGAGGUGCAUAAAGUAAAAAUACGAAAACAACAUACCAAGAUGGCGCGGAAUGAAGAGAAACAGCUUGGCAGACUGAACAGAUUACUUCUAAAACAAGACAAAGAAGAACAGGAAAAGAAGAACCCCAAAAGGCCUAGGCUUGAUGACUUAAACUCCAGUGAAGACAUUAAGAAGUGGAUCCCAAGUAUCAAGCGAGAUAUUGACUUCUGCCUCAAGCAAUCUCAAGUUCCUUGUUACCCAGACAGUAAAAUCCAGGAGUGUAACAGCAGGAUUGACUCCCUACGUCGUCAGUACUGGGCUUUCAUCAGAAAGCUACGCCAUCUUGACCCAAGUACUGGUAGUAUACCCUGGACAGACCGUCACUACACCCCAAAGAAACGUCAACACUCUCCUGGUCAUCAUUACACAGAUGAUGAAACUGAGAAAAAACAGCAAUGUAUAGCUAACAGCAGUCCUGGAGUGACCUCCCCUGUCUCUUCAUCAAAUGGAAUUUCUCAUAGAUCAUUUAACACCCCGGACAGAGUUAUUUCCCCUGUUCAGACAAUACCAGGUUUAGUUGAUUGCUCCUCGGAUUUCAGUCCUAUCUCUACUCCAUUACUUGACAAUGACACCUCCUACCAAACCCUGUACGGGUAUGAGCCAGGGCCACGUGUGGUAAUGGAUGGUACAACGAACCCUGCUCUAAACGAUCAGCCACUCACUUUUAUCACCAAAGACAUUUCAGCAGUAGAUGAUUCCUUAAAUGGUGCGACAGAACCUGUGGGUGAGGUAUUUGAUCAGACAGAGAGACAUUUAAAUGAUAGUACACAGGAUGAAUCUCUAACAUACACAAAUAGUGAGUCGAUAGGUACUGUGACUGGUAGUAAGGCUGCCUCUAGUCUCAUUCCUUACUCCGAUUCCUCUGAUAAUAAUGAUUAGAUUCACUUCAACAUCUGUACAUUGUUUUAUUUUCUUUAAUAAAUAUUUAUUAUUAUACAAUGUU